AUGGUGGGGAAAAACUGCUCCAUCAUGACAGAAUUCAUUCUCCUUGGAUUAUCAGAUGUCCCGGAGUUGAGAGUCCUUCUCCCMCUGAUGUUCCUUCUCAUCUAUGGAGUCACCGUGUUGGCCAACCUGGGCAUGAUUGCCCUGAUUCAGCUGAGCUCCCGACUUGACACGCCCAUGUACUUUUUCCUCAGCCACUUGUCCUUUGUAGAUUUUUGCUAUUCCACAACAAUCGUGCCAAAGAUGUUGGCCAACAUCUUCAGCCAGGACAAAGCCAUCUCUUUCCUAGGGUGCUUCGUGCAAUUCUACUUCUUUUGUACAUGUGUGGUCACUGAGGUCUUUCUCUUGGCAGUUAUGGCUUAUGACCGCUUUUUGGCCAUCUGCAACCCUCUCCUUUAUAUGGUUACCAUGUCUCAGAAGCUUCGUAUGGGCCUUGUUUCCAGUUGCUACCUCUGUGGAAUGGUAUGUUCUCUGAUUCACUUGAGUUUAGCUCUUGAAAUCCCAACCUAUACAUCAAAUGUGGUUGAUCAUUUCUUUUGUGAUCUACCACCUAUCCUUUCUCUUGCUUGCUCUGAUGUGUCUGUUAAUGAACUCAUGGCAUUAAUUGUGCCCACUGUGAAUGAGGUCAUUACCAUCGUGAUCAUCCUCACCUCCUACCUGUUCAUUCUCAUCACCAUYCUGAAGAUGCGCUCUGCAGAAGGGAGGCACAAAGCCUUUUCCACCUGUGCCUCCCACCUCACAGUCUUAGUUGUCUUCCAUGGAACAAUCCUGUUCAUUUAUUGCCAGCCCAGUCUAGGCCACAGUCGGGAUGCUGACAAAGUGGCCACAGUGUUCUACAMUGUAGUGAUCCCCAUGCUGAAUCCCCUGAUCUACAGCCUGAGGAACAAGGAUGUGAAAGAWGCUCUCAAAAAGGUAAUAGGAUCUGGGCUGGGGUUAUAG